CGCUCGUAGCUUCACAUUCAACAGUCGCCGCUGCGACGAAUGGAGACACAUCACCAAGGACCAGCCUCUCUACCGACAUAGCUUCUCCUCGGAUGUAACGGGGAUUUUAAUUUUUGUUUUUUAUUUUUUCAACCCGGAGACGUUUUAGCUCCCUUUUUUUUUCUUUUUUUCUUUUCUUUUUUUUUUUUUUUAAAGGAAGAACCGCCGGAGUUAUUGUUGUACGGGAACAUAAUUCGCUUCCCUUUUUUUUUUCGCCCCACGAAAGCGAGCUCGGUUGCCUGUCAUUUAAAAAAAAAAAAAAAAAGGGCGUGUGUGCGGUGUGAAAGCGGUUUAAACCAAUUGAUGUGGGGGCAUAUAUGGUGUUUUAAUACAUAGAUAUAUUUUAAAACAAUCUGGGUGCGAAGGACACAGUUGAAGAUGGGAUGCACGCUGAGUACCGAGGACAAGGCGGCGGUGGAGCGCAGUAAAAUGAUCGACAGGAAUCUGCGGGACGACGGGGAGAAGGCGGCCCGGGAGGUCAAGCUGCUGCUGCUCGGUGCUGGUGAAUCGGGGAAAAGCACAAUCGUCAAGCAGAUGAAGAUCAUCCACGAGGCCGGCUACUCAGAAGAGGAAUGCAAGCAGUACAGGGCUGUGGUCUACAGCAACACCAUCCAGUCCAUCAUCGCCAUCAUCAGAGCCAUGGGACGCCUCAAGAUCGACUUCGGCGACGCCGCCAGAGCCGACGAUGCGCGGCAGCUGUUCGUGCUGGCCGGCUCGGCGGAGGAAGGCUUCAUGACGGCCGAGCUGGCCGGCGUCAUAAAGCGCCUGUGGAAGGACAGCGGCGUGCAGGCCUGCUUCAGCCGCUCCCGCGAAUAUCAGCUCAACGACUCGGCGGCAUACUACUUGAACGACCUGGACAGGAUAUCCCUGGGCUCCUACAUCCCAACCCAGCAGGACGUCCUGAGGACCCGAGUCAAAACCACAGGCAUUGUGGAGACGCACUUCACGUUCAAGAACCUGCACUUCAAAAUGUUUGACGUCGGCGGCCAGCGGUCCGAGAGGAAGAAGUGGAUCCACUGCUUCGAGGGCGUGACCGCCAUCAUCUUCUGCGUGGCCCUGAGCGACUACGACCUGGUGCUGGCUGAGGAUGAAGAGAUGAACCGAAUGCACGAGAGUAUGAAGCUGUUCGACAGCAUCUGCAACAACAAGUGGUUCACGGACACCUCCAUCAUCCUCUUCCUCAACAAGAAGGACCUGUUCGAGGAGAAGAUCAAGAAAAGCCCUCUGACGAUCUGCUACCCUGAAUACGCUGGCUCCAACACGUACGAGGAAGCUGCCGCCUACAUCCAGUGUCAGUUCGAGGACCUGAACAAGAGGAAGGACACCAAGGAGAUUUACACCCACUUCACCUGCGCCACAGACACCAAGAACGUGCAGUUCGUCUUCGACGCCGUCACCGACGUCAUCAUCAAGAACAACCUGAAAGACUGCGGCCUCUUCUGAGGACAACGGCCACGAAGGACGACGACGACGACCUUUUUUUUCUUGGCGGUGGAGCCAGGUUAUUGUGCAUCUUUGGUGGGGAAGAUGAGGAGAGGAUUAGUCAUGGACCAGUGCUGUACUAUAUGCCACUUUUAACAGCUUUAUUUAUGUUUUUUUUGUUUUUGUCUUGGAACGUUUUUGAACUAGCAUUUGUGUAGGAUGUUUGUAUCAUUGUAAAAGCGUCACUGCGAAUUUCCACUCUCUAUUUUUUUUUCCUCUUUCUUUUUUUUUUUUUUUUAUUAUUUUAUACUUUUGUUUCGGAGGAGAAGGUUGGAGGAGAUCACGUUUUCGCUGUUCUUUCUGCCGCUGUCUCUGGAAAAGGAAACUUUUGCCGUUGGUGGAAAUGCUUCUUUUCUUCCUUCCCUAAAACCGAAAAAGAAAAGGGAAGAAAAGGGGUACGACCUUUUUGAGUCCAGUUUGUUGGUACUUGUGCCUUCGCAUGCCUUUUACUGCGGUCGUAGUCCCCGAUGCUUGUUCUGUUGCCUGCUGAAUUGUUCUAAACAUAAAGAGGUAAACUGUUUUCAUAUGUUAGUGUCUCUCUCUGCUAUCUUCUGUGUGCACACCACUGAGCUAUCAGGAGGAGGAAGAUUUCCCUCUGGUCUAAUAGGUACAUGGGUCUCCAUGGUGACCGACAUGUAGCCUCCACAGUCCCCCUACCCGCCCACCCCUACCCGCCAUGACAAUGGAAGGCCUCGAUGGCCGAUCUCCCAGUACAAUACUGAGAUGUAUAUUGUUACAUUCGCCCCACAAAUCUGGGGUUCUGGUUUUUAAGCAGCUGUACAAAAUAUCCAUUCUUCCCAACCAUUCACAAAAAAAAUGGUUCGUCGAAGGCGCCGAGCUUAUAAUACGCUCAAGCGUUUCGAGUGCAAAGACCAGAGUAGGCACAUUUUACUGUAUAUUUUAAUGUAUUUAGAGGAGAGGGAAAAAAAACAGAAGCACAGAACAGACUGGUGUUAAAGGCGAAGGGUGAGGUCUGAAAUGUUUCGAGGUUCAGGCUCGAGAGCGCGGGCAGCGUUCGAGGAUCCGAGGAAACCCAUCCUUCAGGAAGAUGGUCGGGAGGAGGGGGGAGGCUGGUCUGUGAUUCUAGAUCAGAGCCACUUUGCCAAGAGGAGUGAUGAUGAUGAUAAAUCUGGUCCCGGAUCUGUUCAUAUUAAAAACUAAAAAUUAAAAAAAAAAAUUAAAAAAAAAAAA